ACCCCGAGCACACGUCUUCCUUUGCCAGACAGACAUUAUGUUUCAUGCAUUUCUUUUGAAGACAUCACGCCCAAGAGUUUACGCCACCUACCCCGUCCUCUCCCUGCCUGCGGGGCUGGAGGCAGCCAGCACCUCCUCCGCCUCCCACAUCCCAGGGAGCUGGAUGCUGGAUGCGGGCCAACAUGGGAUUGGCUUCCCGGUCCUGUCAGGGAGGAGGAACUGGUGCGCCAGGAUACCCAAAUAUGGACCUACCGAUAUCAGUUUGGACAAUAUGACUCAGCACCAGACUAUAUAUCCUUACUGCUGGCCUUGGUGCUGAGUGUAACAAGGAGAAGCUGUUGAGUGUUUGACCUUUUGACCCGUGAGGCCUCCAGCUGGAUCAGACUCAGUGUGUUUAUGGAGACACAUUCAAAGUGUUUUAAUAAGCAGUGAGGAGUGUGGAUGUGCACUUGUUUCUGCUCUAUCCCUGGUUGAGUCUCUCUCUCUCUCUCCCACGUUGAACAGGCCUCGUCUGUUGACAGUCCUCGAUCCCGGCAUCGACGUCAGUGUGCGUGUCUGACUUCCCGGAGGCGUGGACCACGGAGCGAGAAACCACCAAUCAGAAGGCCGCUCGGAGCGCACUAGGAAGCGGAUGAUAUAAGUAGAGCAGAGCGCUGCGGCCGCCUGGCACUACAGAGGAAACGAGAAGAGCUCAGUUUCAGAGCAGAGAAGAGAAAAAAAAAGAGGAGUGGAGUCAAAAAAAACACCUGAGUUAGUCACGGGACAACAUAAAGACACAAAUCGACGACUUGGUACAGUACAGUUCCACUAUUUUGGAAGUUUUGCUCUGUUUUUUUCAUAGCUUUGCUCUUCAGUAUAAGGACUUUGUGCUGGAUUGAAUCAUUUUGGACACUACAGCCUCGGUGUCCAGGCUUGUAUUUGACUUGUAUUCUGAAAUAUGUCCACAAUAAUGGAACAGCCUUUUUAUGACGACUCGUUUCUCUCUGCUUAUGGCCAUCCAGGAGCAGCCCUGCAAGACUACAAGCUGCUCAAGCAGAAUAUGAACUUGAACUUCUCCGACUCUUAUCGGAACUCGAACUUCAAACCACAGCUGCGUUCAGACGGGGACUUCUUCUCCUCCUCCGGGGCUUCGGACCCGGGCUCCCUGAAGCUCGCCUCUCCGGACCUGGAGCGACUGAUCAUCCAGAACAGCAACGGGGUCAUCACCACCACGCCGACGCCGGCUCAGUUCCUCUACCGGGGGAUCACAGAGGAGCAGGAAGGCUUCGCAGAGGGCUUCGUGAAGGCGCUGGACGACCUCCACAAGAUGAACCAGAUGGCGCCUCCAAACGUGUCCAUCGGCGGCUGCGGAGGAGGAGGAGGAGGAGGAGGAGGAGGAGGAGGAGGAGGAGGCCCGGCUCCAGCCUCCGUGUUCGGCUCCUCCAUCUCCAUGCAGCCAGACCCACUGGAGUACACCACCCUGAACAGCUACCCCUCCACCACCAUCAGCUACCUACCACACCACCAGUACCACCAGCAGCACCAGCCCAUUCCACACGGGUCCCACCACUUCCAGCACUCCCUGGUGGGAGCAGGGAUGCACUCCCAGCGGUACGGAGUGCUCAAAGAGGAGCCACAGACGGUCCCGGACAUGCAGAGCAGCGACGGCUCUCCUCCCAUGUCCCCCAUCGAUUUGGACAACCAGGACCGCAUGAAAGCCGAACGCAAGAGGCUGAGGAACCGGCUGGCUGCAUCCAAGUGUCGGAGGCGCAAACUGGAGCGUAUCUCCCGGCUGGAGGACAAGGUGAAGGUGUUAAAGACGGACAACGCCGGGCUGUCCAACACGGCCUCCGUGCUGAGGGAGCAGGUGGCGCAACUCAAACAGAAAGUCAUGACGCAUGUGAGCAGUGGCUGCCAGCUCAUGUUAGCGCCCAAAGUCAAGUCUUAUUGAAGAGGAAAGAACAAGCACUUUUUAAAAAAAGACAAAUAAACAACACAAACACUGGACAACAACUGCACUGACAUUACAGAGAACAUUGACUUUAUACAGGUCUGUAGGAGCGACCUGGACCUGCAUCUGCGGCUGGAAGAUAAAACACUUUGGGCAUUUUUGAUUUUUUUUUUUGAAAGUGUCGUCGUUUACAUUUUACUUUAAUUGUGUGAUACACAUUCCUAUGUAAGUUAUUCGUCAGGUUGAGUCUGAUGAGCCUGUGUUUUUUACUUGUACAGUAUAUAUAUUUAAGUAAAUGAAAGUAUGAAACUAAAAGACACGUGUUGUUUCUCCU